AUGCUCAGACGGGCGGAAGCUUGUGACGUUCCCGAGAUGUGGCCACGACUUCCCCGUGAGAGACGGAUGGACGGACGCCCGUGGAUGAGCAGAGAGGACACGGACCAGCCGUGGGAAGACGGUGAGGUGGAGUUUAAAGUCCAGGUGUGGAGCGACGAGGACUUGAGUCCCGCGUGUGCAGACCGUGGAGGGAAGUGCGCGGAGGACGCGGAGCUCGUCCCAUGA